UGGGGGGCCGUGAUUGGCUGGUAGGCGCCGCCGGCGGGAUGGCGGCCGCGGGGGUGGCGGCGGGGCUGGGGAGCGGUGAUUUCUCGGACCUGCGGGAGAUCAAGAAGCAGCUGCUGAGCGUGGCGGAGCGGAGCCGCGAGCGCGGCCUGCAGCACAGCGGGAAGUGGGCCUCCGAGCUGGCCUUUGCCUUGGACCCGCUGCCGCUGAGUGAGCUGCCGCCGCCCCCUGUGCUCACGGAGGAGGAUGCUCGUGAUCUGGAUGCCUAUACAUUAGCCAAGUCUUACUUUGAUCUAAAGGAAUAUGACAGGGCUGCCUAUUUUCUACGGGGCUGCAAGAGUCAGAAAGCUUACUUCUUGUAUAUGUACUCUAGAUACCUGUCAGGGGAAAAGAAGAAGGACGAUGAGACAGUGGAUAGUUUGGGACCUCUGGAAAAAGGACAGGUGAAAAAUGAAGCUCUACGAGAAUUGAGAGUUGAGCUCAGCAAGAAACACAAGGCACGGGAACUGGACGGAUUUGGCCUUUAUCUGUAUGGUGUCGUGCUGCGGAAGCUGGAUCUGGUGAAAGAAGCAAUAGAUGUGUUUGUUGAAGCUGCCCAUGUCUUACCUUUGCACUGGGGAGCCUGGCUGGAACUUUGCAACUUGAUUACGGAUAAAGAGAUGUUGAAGUUCCUGUCCUUGCCAGAUACAUGGAUGAAAGAGUUCUUUCUUGCACACAUUUAUACAGAGCUGCAGCUGAUAGAGGAGGCUCUGCAGAAGUAUCAGAGUCUCAUUGAUGCAGGAUUUUCCAAAAGCACUUACAUCAUCUCUCAGAUUGCAGUUGCCUACCACAACAUCCGAGAUAUUGACAAAGCUUUAUCCAUCUUUAACGAGCUAAGGAAACAAGAUCCUUACAGGAUAGAAAACAUGGACACUUUCUCCAAUUUGCUGUAUGUAAGGAGCAUGAAGCCUGAAUUGAGCUACCUGGCUCACAAUCUCUGUGAGAUAGACAAGUAUCGUGUUGAGACCUGCUGUGUAAUUGGGAAUUAUUAUAGCUUGCGAUCCCAGCAUGAAAAAGCAGCACUGUAUUUCCAGAGGGCCUUGAAACUGAAUCCUCGUUAUUUGGGAGCCUGGACACUUAUGGGACAUGAAUAUAUGGAAAUGAAGAACACAUCUGCAGCUAUCCAGGCUUAUAGACAUGCAAUAGAGGUGAACAAAAGGGACUACAGAGCAUGGUAUGGCUUGGGGCAAACCUAUGAAAUCCUCAAAAUGCCAUUUUACUGUCUGUAUUACUACCGACGGGCCCACCAGCUCAGACCAAAUGAUUCUCGUAUGCUGGUUGCUCUAGGAGAAUGCUAUGAGAAACUCAAUCAGUUGGUGGAAGCUAAAAAGUGCUAUUGGAGAGCUUAUGCUGUGGGAGAUGUGGAGAAAAUGGCACUGGUGAAACUAGCAAAGCUGCACGAACAGCUGAAUGAAUCUGAACAGGCAGCUCAGUGCUAUAUCAAAUACAUCCAGGAUAUCUAUUCCUGUGGGGAGAUAGUGGAGCACCUGGAGGUCAGCACUGCCUUCCGUUACCUGGCCCAAUACUACUUCAAGUGUAAGCUCUGGGAUGAAGCCUCAGCAUGUGCUCAGAAAUGCUGUGCAUUCAAUGAUACUAGAGAAGAAGGAAAGGCCCUGCUGCGGCAGAUCUUACAGCUUCGCAACCAAGGAGAAACAUCAUCCACAGAUAUUGCUGCUCCCUUUUUCCUCCCUGCGUCAUUGUCAGCCAACAACACUCCCACACGUCGUGUCUCCCCACUCAAUCUGUCUUCUGUAACACCAUGAACAAUGCUGAUACUUCUAACCUGUGCAUUGGAUGUGACAUUGCAGAUGGGGCUUGCAACCACUUACUUCUUUCCAGUGAAAUUUCUACAUUCGUUGUUGCCUUCACGUGAAGGGUAGAAGUUAUUAGAGCCUAUAGCUGAAGUAGGAUGUGCCCCAACAGGCAAAGGUGCAGCCUAUGUGAAAGUGCCUAUGCUGAGAUGUGAGAACCUGCUUGUACUUCUCACUAAGUCAUUCCAGUCAGAGGGCAGAUGUGUUCCAAUAUGCAGGACUACUCCUAACUGAGGGAUGGGGAAGAGCUUGUCUGCUUGUUAAAAUGUAUUUGAAGUUUGAUUCUGCGCUGUUACCUCUGGUCUUUACUGAACUUCUUUGGAUGACCUCUUAGUGGUACCAUUGCUGUCUACAUCAGAAACUGUUACCUGCCUGGCUACUUAAGGACUUCUGCUUGUCUUGAACUACACAGAUGUUCCACUAAAGCAGUAGAUAUAGGCACUUAGAUAUAGGUGCCAUGUCUAUGUUGAAGGACUGAGAAGUGUCAGAGGCGUUCCAAGUAGCCAUAUGUAACACCUGUUUGCCAUUCUGUCUGUGAAUCUGACAGGUACUUUGGCUUUCAGUAGAAAAGCAGCCAGUGGGAUAGCACAAUUAAAAAACUAAUGAUUAAGUUACUGUCCUUUGGCUUCUUUUACAGUGCAGCUUUCGCGUGUACUGUAACAAAUGAAACGGGAUGAACUGAAAUGGAUCAUUUUGUUAAGGAUUGCCACAUCUUGUGGACAGUAUGGUGCAGGGGAUUCCUCCCCUGCAGGGCUGCUGCUUCUCCCUGUUCACACAUUUGGCCCAUAGUAAGUUUUAAGUGUAAAUUUCAAAGAUGCAUGCAUAUGCCCCCUUACUACAGCCAUGACCAUUGUCCUGGUUUCAGCUGUGAUAGUUAAUCAUCUUCCUAGUAUAGAAAUGUCACCACAGUAUGUCACCGUAAAUGAACAGAUUAACAUAAACAAGAGAACAUUGCCCUUAGGUGCACUUAAAACAGAAACCGUAGAAGUGGCCUGAUCCUGUUCUUACUUGCUUAAAGUUUGCUAGUGGAACAUAUGUAUAUGCUUUCAGUGACUUGACUCGAGUACAUGUUCACAUUCUCUGGUCUCUCCAGUCUCUUCAGUAUCCAUGUCUAGAUGUUGGGUAUCUUGUUCAGUCUCAACCCUGGACCUAGGGUAUCCACAGAUUUUGUGUUUUUCCCAUUUGCUGGCUAGUCCCAGUUAGGGUUGCUGUUGGAACGCACAUGUAUGUACACAAACAGAGUAAGGAGCACGAUGAUACAGAAAACAGGCAGCAAUAGUGUUUAAUUAAUAAAAGUGUAGAACACA